AUGCUGUCCAAAAUUAUUCUCCCGAUUCUCUGCGCCAUCAAGACUAACAGAGAGUCUCGAGGUACCAACAAUGGAUUCUUCUACUCGUUCUGGACCGAUGGCCAAGGCUCGGUAAACUACAACAACGGCGCCGCCGGCUCCUACGACGUGACCUGGUCCAACGUAGGCAACUUCGUUGCGGGCAAAGGGUGGAAUCCCGGUGGCGCCAAAACCGUCGUCUACAACGGGACCUGGAAUGCCGCCAACGUGAACUCGUACGUGUCUUUGUACGGGUGGACCAAGAACCCCUUGAUCGAGUACUACAUCGUGGAGUCGUACGGGUCGUACAACCCAUCGAGCGGGACGUCGAAAAAGGGCAGCGUCACGAGCGACGGUGGCACCUACGACAUCUACCAGACGACACGGACUAACCAGCCCAGCAUCGUCGGCACGGCAACUUUCCAGCAGUACUGGGCUGUGCGCACGCAGAAGCGCAUUGGGGGCACGGUUACGACGCAGAAUUUCUUUGAUGCUUGGGCGAAGACGGGUAUGACCUUGGGAAGUCAUGAUUAUAUGAUCUUGGCAACCGAGGGAUAUCAGAGUAGUGGUAGUGCGACUAUCAAUGUUGGGAGUGCUUAG